AUGGGCAAGCAAGGCCGAAACCCAGGUGUACAACAGCUAGGCCUCUCAAUCGGUUCUCCAUCGAAACCUGGUCGGGGGACUCUUUUGCCUAGACGUGACCCUGUUCCUGUACAGAUCGGGUGGAAACGCUAUGGGUGGCCAGAGCUACGGCAAUUACCUUUGAAGACAAUCACAACGCAAAUGCCUCCUCAUGUCGCUCAACUUGAACCGGACAUCAUCAAUCAAACCCUCUCAGUAUUGAAGCAGUGCAAGAUCGUGCAAGAUACCACCGAUGAAUCCCUAGAAGCGCAAAAGAUUGAGGUCGGAUUAGAAUUGCGACAAAAGCCAUUCGACCCAGAAUCUGCCCGUCCCACGAUUGUUCUCCUAGUCCCCUGGUCUGCGGAACGUCAUCUCAAGCUUUGGGAAGCCGCUGAGGUAAUGGCUAGCUGGUUGACUGAGUUUACCAGCCAUCUUCCCGACAAGAUCUACCUCGAGAUUGUCUCACCUGAGCUUCUACAAACUAUAUACUAUGACGAAGUAGGUGACCCUGCUCUCUCCAACCAGUGGGACUACGUUAGCGACAAGUUGGAAGCCGGCCUUCGAUUUCAACCAGCAUUUCGAGAUCACUUUACUUGCUUGUCCCUCCAGCGAUAUGGAGUCAACCCGAAUUUGAAACAGAACCCUCCAACUAUCUAUAUCGGGUUAGACGAUGACUCAAAAGAAUACACCUGGUAUCUGAUUAUGAAUCAAGUCGAAGCCACCAUGGCUGAAGUAGGAUGGCGCGGGGUUCAUAUCCAUAUUGAACGCAGCGAGAACUUCUCUCCCACCUUCCCACUACUGCCACUAGCUGGUCCUGAUGUCCAAGCACGCAUCGAUGAGGGCAAACUCGCUAAUAAACGCAUCAUUGGCAACUAUAGCGACACCCUCCAUAUCGGUGCUGAUUUUGGUGCAGCCAAGUAUCUUGAACGACCAGACAAAGACACGCAAGGAAAGCCCCCAAGUGAGGACACGCGAGUCAAUCCCGUAAAUGGAACACUUGGAUGUUUCAUUCAAAUCAAAACCAACAAGAACCCAGUCUGGCGAACCUGUGCCCUCACAAACUACCACGUCGUACGGCCAGCGUUUGAUGGCUUUACCCUUGUGCCAGACCCCAAGGAGAAAGGCUAUAUGCCUGGACCUCCGCUGGAGGGCAGUGAUCUGUUGAAGGUCGACAAGUUCGGAUUCUCCCCAAUUAUGGUCCCUGAUGGCACGGUCAAAGAAAACAAGGAGCUGGAGAAGGUACUGGACGCCGCCCCAGUCCAUUUCGAAAGUCCUUCCCGAACCAAGCACAAUUUCACCGUUGCUCUAACCGACAUAGAUCUCAGAGAGAAAAAGAAGCGAGAAGAACGGGCUCGAGUGAGGCUUCAAUCAACACAGGACGGACCACAAAAGCCUAUAGCUACGAGAAACUUCCAAGCAGUAAAGCAGGAGAUCGAGGCUUUAGAGACCGAUGUCAGACAGAAAAAGGCUUUCUUUGAUGAAGGGAGAGAGAAGGUUGGUACUUCACUUCUCGCUGCGGGAUUCCAGCGGAAGGUUGCUGGUAGAAGGAUGGACUGGGCACUUAUCCUCCUCGAUGAACAUCGACCAUGGUCCCACGAUCUUCCAGAUGAAGCGGUCUGGGCUUCAAAGUACGAUGAUGAGGCUGCAUACCCCGACGAAACAUUUGGCUAUCCACUCACAGAACAAAUGCGGUCGAUUGAGGGCACUAACGGAGUCGGCCGAGCCUUCAAAGUCGGAUCUACUACUGGACCGACUGUUGGAAAGUUCUGGGGAGUGAAAGAUAGAGUCACAUUGCAGGAGGAUAAGUAUCUCGGGAAGGGGAAUCGACUGGAGACAAAAGAGCGUAUCUUUGCAGGCGACACCUUUCUUCUCAAGGGUCAGUCAGGCGUCAAGGGUCAGCCAGGCAAGUUUUGCGCCAAGGGCGACUCUGGUUCUGCCGUCUUUGAUGAACUUGGUGGUAUUGUUGGACUUGUGUUUAGAGGACAUAAGCACCGAGAGUCCUACGACGACGGAUAUAGGUAUGUAACCCCUAUUGAGCAUGUCCUUGAGGAUAUCGUGGCAUUCUCCAAGGGGAACAUCACAGAAAUUCGCAUCGCCCAGCAGUAA